AUGAUAAGAGCUGAAAAUGUCAUUAUUUUAGGUGAUUGGAAUGCUUCAGUAGGACAACAGAAUGACGGAUAUAUGCCGAAGAAAAAACCUUUUAGUCAAGAUGAACAAAUUCAAAUGAUCACCGAGAUUGAAGCUGCUAAAACUAAAACAUGUACGAAAACACGCCGAGAGUAUUAUUUACUCGCAACAUAUACAGUGUUUAAAGUUGCGGGCCAAAAUUUUUUGAUAUACAAACCUACUGAAAAUGAAGAAAAUAUUAGGUAUAUUGUAAGCUAUGAAGAUUUAUAUGACAAAAUAAGGAGCUUUCAUAUAAAUACUGGGCAUGGUGGAAAUGUUAAACUUCGAAUGGCAAUACAAAAAGAGUACUACAUUCCGAGACCAGCUAUCGAAAUUUUUUUAACAGUAUGUCAAACUUGUAGCUGUAAGAAGUCAAUGAACCGCAAACUGGUUAUUAAACCUAUUACAUCAAAUGAUUUUAACGAAAGAGGACAAGUGGACCUAAUUGAUUUUCAGUCUGUUCCAGAUGGAAAGUAUAAAUGGAUACUUAACUAUCAGGAUCACAAUACAAAAUUUAUAUCCCUCCGUCCUAUGGAAAGUAAAAGGGCUAUAGAAGUCAGUACUCAUUUGCUAAGUAUUUUUCUAACAUUUGGAGCGCCAAGUAUUUUACAAAGUGAUAAUGGCCGGGAGUUUGUUAACUGUGUUAUCGAUGAAUUAAAACAACUCUGGCCGGAGUGUGUUAUUAUACAUGGACGUCCAAGGCAUCCUCAGAGUCAAGGGAGUAUUGAGCGGGCCAAUCAAGACUGGCAAAAAAAAUGUUCAUUUCACCGUACUAUUGGUAGAAGCCCAUAUAACGCGUUAUUUGGAAAUGACCCAAAAGCUGGAUUGACAAGUUCAAGACUUCCAAAUAAUUUUGUACAAACUAUUACGACUGAAGAAGAAAUUGAAGAAAUUGAAGAGAUUUUACAAUGUUCAACGAUUAAUUAUACAUGUGGUGUAUGUAAAAUUGAAAUAAAUGAAGUGGAAAAUCAAGAUGAAGCUGGAUCUAUUAUGUGUAACUUAUGUAGAAAAAAAGAACAGAUUAAAAUGCAACGAAAAGAAGGUUCUGAUGGCAUUAAAAAAUUUGCUGAAAAAAUGUUGCAGACUAGUCAUGCAGCUGUUCUAGACCUUGAAGUUAAUGAUUGUGUGGUAAUGGCCGUUCCAAAAGUCGACAGAGGGCCUACAGAUCCACCAAAUAUUAUAUGUUUAGUUGUUGAAAAAAAAAAUAAACUGUAUAAGCUAGGAACUAAACAUGGAAUGAUUAAAGGAUGGUAUGGAGGAGAUUGUUUAAAAAAAUGUGAGAGAUUUUUAAAGAGUGACGAGAUUGUGUUGGAUAAAGAGCUAACUGUUCGAGAAACUGUGACAGUCAUAACAGGGGGACAAGGUUUUUCUUCUUGUUCAUGUAGUUCAGUAUACACUUGCAUACUUAAUAUUUUUUAUGAACAGGGUGUUGAUAUUGUCACUAUGCCACUAUAUGGUAAUAACUAA